AUGAAUACAUUUAUAAAUAAUGGCAAUUACAGAAAUAGAACAUUAAAUGUAUCAAAAUGUUUAAAUAUAAAUUAUAAAAUAAAUUCAAUUCAGCAUUCUUCAUCUAUUUUUUGCCCAAUAUGUAAUAUACCUUUUAAUUCAAAAAUCCGAAUUAACCCAUGUUAUCAUAUAAUUUGUAAUAAAUGCUAUGAUUUAAGUGUACUUCAACAAAGCUGUUUAAUUUGUAAUAGCUACAUAAAUGAUGUUGAUUAUAUAUUUAUAAAAGAUAAAAUAUAUAUAUGCCCUUUUAAUGAUUGUAAAAAAGGUUAUUUAAAUGAAAAAAGUUUCAAUUAUCAUAUAUAUUUUAAACACGAAUUUUUAAAAGAAAAAAAAAAAAUAUGUGAAAAAAGCAGUAGCAGCAGUAUUAGUGAUAUUCAAAAUAUAAAAGAAGAAAUAUCUCCCAAAAAAGAAAUAUUUAAAAAUAACUUUUUUAAUUUUGGUAAAAAUAGUCAAAAUAAAGAAGACAAUAAAUAUCCUAACAUAAGAGAAAAUGAAAAAGAAUUAAUUUAUGAAUAUAAUAAAAAUGAUAUGAAUCUUGAGUUUUUAAAAAAAAACAAUAUAAAUAAAAAUAUAGAUGCAAAUUAUACAGAUUCAAGUAAAACAUCCCCCUUUUCAGAUUUAAAAAAACAAAAUCCAAUACAAGAAAAUACUUUUAAUUUAAAUAAUUUAAUUAUUAAUAACAAAUCACUUGAUAAUCAAAAUUUAAUUAAUAAAAAUAUUAUGAAUAAUAAUAAAAACAUUUCUAAAUUUGCUAAUGUUAUGCAAAUUCCUGACAAAUGGAAUUAUGCAAAUGUUCCAUUUAAAUCAGAUUAUAAUACUUUUAAUUUUUCAUGUAAUGAAAAUUCAUCAAUUAAUCAAAAUAGCCAAAGUAAAAAAAACAAUCAAGAUGAUGAUUACGAUAAUUUAGAAGAUUUAAUGUAA